GAGGACGAUUAGGUACAGCCCAACCACUGUUUCGAGAGAUACUCGUACAGCCUUCUGAGCCCGACUCCUAGAAGCACCGGGAGCUGCAUUUAAACGCCAGGCCCCUCUCUAGCUUCUCUGCAGACGCCGCGACUGGCAUUACGCCACCACGCACACUCGAUCCUUCGGGUCCAACUCGUCCGUCAACCACAUCGUGCGCCGGCACAACACAGGCCCCUAAAGUCCAGGAAAUCCACCUCGAGCUACUACUACACGAGUUCUUCCUAUCCAGCUUUUGCCUGCGGUUCGCAUCCAAUGUCUCCGACCAAAGCACCCGCCGGGCCCCUGGCCGAGAGAUCCCCCAACCCGACGUCGCCCGCGAAGUCAAAGUCGGAGACUGGCGACAACAACAACAACAAAAUCAACAAGCUCGCGUUGGCGGACGCAGGCGUGGAUGCGCACCGAGUCGUCGUGGCGAUGCCGAUGACGAUGCCUCGAUUCGAGCACCCGCAGCAAAGAGGAGGGGCCAUGCUGGUUCAGAACCAGACCACGGGGAGCCAGACGUACAUCUCGCCCUCGGACGCGAUCCGGAGCCCGACGACCAAGAAACUGAGUGAGAUCAAGGGUCGGCGGUUCAUGAGUGCAAAGCCGCAGACGCUGUUCGCAAAGACCCUCGCCAAAGAAAAUCUCAAGGCGCAAGCACAGGGGCAGGAUCGGGUUCAACAUUAGAUCCAGGUGCUGGGUUGAAGUGCGGAUGUUCGGCAGAAGUCAACCGCCUGUUUGUAUCUCUGGGAAGUAGGCGAGGGCGCGGUGUCGAGGUGCUCUGUUCGAUUACACGGGUCAACAAGGGGGGGUGGCUAAACGUUGUUCACGAUUGAAACGCAAAAAAACACUGGGUAAAACUACGAGUCGGGGGAGUUGCAUCGACAGGUCGGGCUGUUGCUGUUGUUGGGUAUUGGGUAUUCCCCGUGUGUUUUGUGUCUGUCCAUGGGCGAGCAUAGAGGAUCUGAAACGAGAAAACUUGAACUUUCCACAUCUGGUGACCUUCUUGAGACCGUACAUGUGUUGUCUGCCAAUCAAUCUUUCAGACACACACAUUGAGACACCCGACAGCCAUGCUGUGUGCCACAGGGCGCCUCGUGCGAAAGUGCAGCAAGUAUGCUGAGUCAGGGCAACAUCCAAGCAGGAACACGCAGGACCCCUUGGCU